AUGUGCGACAGGAGGAAGACAGACGUGCGCCGCUCUUGGCUCAAACUCGCCCCUGGAGCCACCGAGGUCCCGCUGAGCUCUCACGGAUCACCGUCUCACAAGUGGCGAGUCGGGGGCUGGGUGGGGAGCCUGUGCCUGAAGCUCAAAGAGGUCGGCAUGGACGGCAAAAGCACGCUCAAGAUGUUUACCAGAAAGAAGCGCGAAUUGAUAAAAACUCCAUCUAUCACGAAGAGGAGCCGAGCAGGAAGCCCCGGGCCACAGAGCAGCGCCCCAGCCAGAGUCAAGAAAAAUGAUCCUAAAAGCAAAGAAAAACUGGACAUAUUGCCCAGCAAGCACAGUACAUGGCUUAAACAGCUAUCCAUUCUUCAGGAGCAGCCUCGUAAAGAUGCUGUGGACGGCGCACUCUCCUCUUCGCCAAGUGCAUCCACGCUCUCCCCGAACACUGCCGGCCUGUUGGACCCCUCCACAUCCUGUCCCGGGACCCCCAGUGUCGGCAGAAUACAGGGCAUGAGUUCUCCUGUGGGGACCCUGCGGAGGCCCACGUCUCUCAGCAGACAUGCAAGUGCAGCAGGUUUUCCCUUGCAGUCGUGGGUGUUCACUCGGGGCCAGGGAAAAGGUGCUCUGACGCCCACUGCUCCGGCUGACAGCCCUGAGAGCACUGCUCUGGACGUGGAGGACAUCCCAGCUCUGCUCAGAGAUGUGGCCCGCUUUGCUGAGGCCGUGGAGAAACUCAAGGAUGUGGUGAUGGUCGAAGGUGAAGAAAGCCAGCGUCCCGUAGCUCACGAGUGUUUGGGUGAGGUGCUGCGGGUGCUGCGUCAGGUCAUCAACACGUACCCACUGCUCAACACUGUGGAGAUCCUCACCGCGGCCGGAAAUCUCAUAUCCAAAGUUAAAGGUUUCCACUAUGAGGCCCCCAAUGAAGCCGGAAAAAUGGACUUUGAGAAAGCCAUUGAGACUAUAGCAGUCGCCUUUAGUAGCAAUGUGUCUGAACUGCUCAUGGGAGAGGUGGACAGCAGCACACUGCUCUCUCUGCUGCCCACGGAGAAGAGUAGGUCAAUGGAAAACUUGUGCGCUGCUGCUGGAUCAGACGGUAGUCAGUUCAGAGGGGAGUUGCAAGACCCGGGACGCGUUGAAGCGGUGGAUGUGAUCCUUCAGCACAGUGAGGGCGGCGUGGACUCUGCUCUGCUCUACGCCAAAACAGUCUCCAAAUACAUGAAGGACCUGAUCAGCUACGUGGAGAAGAGGACCUCGCUCGAGAUGGAGUUUUCAAAGGGUCUCCAGAAAUUAUACCAGUCCUGCAAACACAGCAUCACACAUCCGCACAUGCCUCUGUUCUCCAUCUACUCACUGGCCUUGGAGCAGGACCAGGAGCAGAGCGUGGGACUGCAGCAGGCCAACGCCACUCUGCACAGCCAGACCUUCGUUCAACCAUUGGUGCAACGUAAACAGGAACAUGAGAAGAAAAGGAAGGAUAUCAAAGAUCAGUGGAUUCGAGCUAAAAGGAAAUUGAUGGAGUGUGAGGUGAACUUGAAGAAAGCGAAGCAGUCCUACACGGUCCGUUGUGAGGAGCAUGAAAAGGCCAAAGCAGCAGCGAGUCGAGCCGAGGAGGAGGGAGCAGGGUCCACCGCCAAAACUGUAGAGAAGAAAAAACGCCUGGAGGAUGAGGCUCGCAACAAGGCUGACGAAGCAGAGGCCACGUACCGGACAUGUAUUGCAGACGCCACAGCACAAAGGCUGGACCUGGACCACACAAAGGUCACUGUGCUGCGACAACUGCAGGACGUCAUCAAACAGAGCGACCAGACGCUACGAUCGGCAACAAUCUCAUACUACCAGCUGAUGCACAUGCAGACAGUGGCCCUGCCAGUGCACUACCAGACUCUGUGUGAGAGCAGUAAACUGUAUGACCCGGGACAGCAGUACGCUGCUCACGUCAAGGAUCUGCAGCUACCGGAGCAGCCCCCCGUCCUGUACACGUUUGAGGCUUACUCCCCCAGUUCCUCACACCAUGGCCACAGGCCCAGAAAUGACAGCUUCAACACAGAGCCUCCAAGUCACUCGGAAAGUCCAGCCACUCUACAGGACAGGGAGGCUGAAGCACAGAGAAAGAGACAGGGACAUAAAUCCUGGAGCUCAACAGUGAGUGACGACAGUGUUGGUGGAGAAGGCCUGGAUUCUCCCACUGCUAGCACAAGUGAUAUCAGUAAAAUCCCUCGAACAUCCUCUACAUGCACGGUCUCAUCAAACGAGGAUGCAGAUGAAAAAGAUGGAAAUGUUGCUUCAUUUGAAGCUCCAAAUUUAAAUGGUAUGGAUCCUGAUGUGGUAGUGUCCACAAGACCAUUUCGAAAUAUUGGUUUGUCUAAAGCUGCUCAAACACACAGACUCAGGAAACUCAGGACUCCAUCAAAGUGCCGUGAAUGUGACAGUUAUGUGUAUUUCCAGGGAGCAGAGUGUGAGGAGUGUGUCCUGGCCUGUCACAAGCGCUGUCUGGAGACUCUGGCAAUCCAGUGCGGCCACAAGAAGCUGCAGGGCCGUCUGCAGCUCUUUGGGAGGGAGUUCUCUCAAGUGGCCAACUGCGCCAGUGACGGAAUCCCCUUCAUCAUCACCAAAUGUAUCUCGGAGAUUGAGAGGAGGGCACUUAAAAUGAAGGGAAUUUAUAGAGUCAAUGGAGUAAAGACCCGUGUGGAAAAGCUUUGUCAGGCCUUUGAGAAUGGAAAAGAGCUGGUGGAGCUGUCCCAGUGCUCUCCUCAUGACAUCAGCAACGUCCUGAAACUGUAUCUCAGACAGUUGCCAGAACCAAUACUGCCGUUCCACCUGUAUAAUCACUUGAUGGGGCUGGCGAAGGAGAGCCUGCACAGUGACAGUGGAGAAGAGUCCUGUGGUCCCGCUGUUGGAAAAGGCCCAGAGCUGGUUGACCUCGGCCCAGACACCAACCCCGAGAUCCUAAAUCUCAUUGAAAAACUGAAGGGGCUUCUGAAGCAGCUGCCCAAGGCCAACAUUGCUACGCUGCGCUACAUCGUACGCCACCUCAGACGGAUUUCUGAGCUGGAGGAUGAUAACAAGAUGAGUCCUAGUAACCUGGGUAUCGUCUUUGGGCCGUCUUUGAUGCGACCACGUCCCACUGGAGCCACAAUCUCGUUGUCCUCUCUGGUGGACUAUCCACAUCAGGCCCGUAUCGUGGAGGCCCUCAUUGUGUUCUAUUCAUCUAUCUUUCAGUCCAAGUUAUCAAACAAAUAUGGGCGUUCUGCUUCUAUAUCUGUUGAACCGAGUACUGUAGACGAGAAAAAUGUAAACUCUCACGAUGAAGAGAACCUGAUGGAAGAAGAGAAAAUCAUUGAAGUCAAAACAGAGGAUGGGUGCAGUAGCUCUUUAGGAUCCCUGGGCUCUAAUGAGCAGCUCUCAGACUCUGAGGAGGAGGCCCAGGUGACACUGAGUCGGACUCUGGUCAAACAGGAGAGCGAGGCCAGUCUAGACGAGGACCAGCUCAGCCUUCGGAACAGUUUAGAUAUUUCCAGUGUCUCUGCUUCUCACACCGAUGCUGAAUCAGAAAAAGACGAACCCAUAUGUGAAGAGGCACCUACUCCACCCAACUGUUCCCCCCCAGAAGAUGCCCCAGAUGAGGGAGUCGUAACUUCUUUGGGCAAUCUCAACCUGAAUCAAAAUAACAACUACCCCUUCUCUCCUGUUAAAACCCUGUCAGGCUUUCCUCUGUCCCGUGCUCCCAAGAAGUUACCACUUACAAGGAACAGGGACAGCGAACCUGAGUAUGUCUGA